AUGCCUAUCGAAAACCAAGUUCAAAACCUGCCCGACCGAGUUUCGAAAAUCACAAAACCAUGGACGCCUCAGCAUGUGCUCUCCUUCAACGGUUCUCACUCCAUCAAGCUCGCGACUUUGGAAGAUGACUUCAUCUGGCAUUCGCAUCCAGACACCGAUGAAGUAUUCUACUGUGUCUCUGGUGGUCCUUUCUACAUUGAUACGGCGGAGUCGGAGAGCGAGCGGCAAGGAUAUUCGACGGCGGAAUUGAAGGUUGGGGAUCUUCUAUGUAUCCCACGCACGAUUCGCCAUAGGCCCAGGGCGCCAAUUUCGACAGGUGUGGCUUUGAUAGAAAAGGUUGGGACGGUAAACACUGGGGAUGAGGCUGGUAACAGUGCAAUGACCGCGAAGUCAAAGUGCUGGACAAACCCGACAAGGGAUACUCUGUGA